AAGUGUAGUUGAAAUUGUUAAAACUUGGCAAUACUUUUCCAGCAGCUGUUGGACUCCAGCAGCAAAAACAAUAAUAAUGAUCAUUAAAACUUAGUAAAUAAUAACAACAAAACACAUUACAUUGUGAUUAAGAUAAGACUGAUUGAAAGAUAAGCUGCUGUUAUUUGGAACAAAAGAACGAACAACAAAGACUUGUCCCUUUAAAAAAUGUGUGUGAUAUUUUUCUAUGUUAAUUCCAAUCCUAAUAAGGAGUGCUAUAAAUUAAUAUUAGCAUCUAAUCGCGAUGAAUUUUAUGCUCGUGACACUAAGCAGGCCGGAAAAUGGUUAGAUGCUGAACAUGUUUAUGGUGGCAUUGAUUUGGAGCCUGGUCGUGAAGGUGGUACUUGGUUAGCAAUUUCUGGAAAAGAUGACAUUAUUAAAGUGGGUGCAUUAUUAAAUCUAACGGGAGAGCCUAAACCUAAAAAUGCUGAAGUAAUGAAUCAUAUUGAAAACUAUCAUCAACACCACCUUCACGAAAAUCACAAUUGCAACAAUAAAACUUCCUUGUUAACGACAACCUCAAAUGGUUAUACUCCUUCUAAAAAUACUACUGCUAAGAUUUCUAUUAAUACAUCAAUUGACUUGAAUAAUCCAACCUCAAUUCCCAUACACAAUAAUAACUCUUUACUAGGAAGAGGCAUGAUCGUUAGUGACUAUGUUCGUAAUUAUAGCAAAGACUUUGAUAACACAAACUACAAUCAAAAGCUGGUGAAUGAUUGCAGUAAAUACAGUGCAUUUAACUUUGUAUCUAUUGAAAUUGGUUCUCCCUCUACACCAGCUGCUGUUACACUUUGUAGCAAUGUACCAGCCGGUUUAGUGCACUAUAAAGAAAAUACAUGCUAUGGUUUUGGCAAUAGUUUACCUUCAGUGCCCUUCGAAAAGGUUUGUUAUGGUCGUGAUACCUUUCAGCAAAUUCUUGAUGAUUUUCAACAGCAAGUAAAUCCCCAACAAGAUGAACUCGUAGAGAAAUUAAUGAAUCUACUUAAGUGUAAGAAGAAAUUUUGGCCCGAUGCCGAACUUAAACGUCGUGCUCCUAUUUACGGAGAACAUUUAAGCGCUUUAAAUGUUUUAAUACCCGAAACUGGUUAUGGCAGUCGUACGCAUACGGUUAUAUUAGUAGAUAACAAUAAUAAAAUGCAUUUUAUUGAGGAAACUAUGCUCAGCGAAAAUCCGGAAGGCGAAUGGUCUAGAACUCAUAUUGAGAAGCAAUUUUAAAUAAAAUUUAUUUGUCUAUAAUAGUUUACUUGAUAUUAAUAUUGUGUGUUCAUGUUUUAAUUCAAAUUUAAACCAAAAAUAAUAUUUAGCUAAAUAAUUUUAACUCAGUUUUUUUUUGAUUUGAUAACUUUUUAUUUCACAGUUAUAUAUUUUAC